AACCGGCGCGUCCUUCACCAGGCAUGCGGUGGCCAUUUUGAGAGUGGGGAACAAAGGGAGAGCAAGAGUCCAGUGACAGGACAGCUUUACCAUCAAGCUAAGAGCCAUGUCCGACUCCGAUCAACAACAGGAGGAAAAGCCGGCGGUAGUUGAAAAGAAAGUUCUAGCAACGAGGGUCACCGGUACCGUCAAGUGGUUCAACGUUAAGAGCGGAUAUGGCUUCAUAAACCGUGAUGACACCAAGGAAGAUGUGUUUGUCCAUCAGACAGCUAUAGUGAAGAACAACCCAAAGAAAUACCUAAGAAGUGUGGGGGAUGGGGAAAAAGUGGAAUUUGAUGUAGUUGAAGGGGAAAAGGGUAACGAGGCAGCCAGCGUCACUGGACCCGGCGGUACAUUUGUCCAAGGCAGCAAGUAUGCUGCUGACCGCCGUAGAUACCGACGUAACUGGUACCCCAGGGGAGGAGGUCGUGGUGGUGGUGGUGGCCCCAGACGACCUUACUAUGAAGGACCUGAGGAGGAAGAAGAAGAAGGCGAGCCAGAACACAGACCCCCACCCCGUAGGCGACCAUACUGGGCUCCUCGCAGAUACUAUCGGGCUCCCAUGCGAGGCCGUGGGCCGCCACGUGGUUACCAAGGAGAUCGAGACCGAGAGGGACAGGUAGAAGGUGAUUAUGAGAAUGGAGGACAACGGAUGCCCCCCCAACGCCGCCGGCCCUUCUACCGUCGCUUCUACCAGCCACCCAGGCAUUACUACGACCAGGGUAUGCCUAUGGGACAGGGAGGACCUGGACCCCGAGGUCCACCAAGACGCAGGCGAAGACCAGCCAAGAAGAGGGAUGAUCAGGAAGGUGAUAGCGAUAAUAAGAAAAGCUCUGACACCAAACAAUCUGAGGGAGAGUCAUCCCCCAAAGAUGAGGGCAGCUCCAGUGCCGCUGCCGACAAAGCAGAAUAGAUAAACAAGUCAGGGUUAGCGGCAAUGUCUAACCUAUUGCCAAUCGCCGUGCGUACGUACGUCAUUGUCAACUGGUACCAGCUGCAGUGUACUGACCACCUGUGUAGUGACUUCUCAAGCUGAGCUUAGACAACAUUAAACUACUGCACAUGCAGGGAGAGUUAGGUGGAUGGAACGCCUGUAUCAACUAUGCAUCCACAAACUCUUGACAAACGACAGAUUUCAACUGCCAGACUUUUAAGUUAAUACAUUCUUGACUUUUUGUACUUGGACAAUUUUUGUACUUUACUAUUGAAUUUUAUUGAAGAUAUCUAUUUUUUUGGUGUUCCAAGAACAGUGAUGUAUUUUGAUGUAGUUGAUUGGUGUUGCAUCCAUCAGAUGUCAAUCAAUUUUUUUAUUACAGUAGCUAUUAUUUGAUUUGGAAGUUUUCCAUCCUCGUUUUUUGCCCAAGGCUUUUUGUGAAAUAACAAGCAUGUGCAUAAAUAAAUUUUGCCAACACCCA